AUGAUUAACAAUAAAGUUAUAUCUAAAAUCCAUGAAGAUUUAUCGUGUUCCGAGCAUGAGGAAGCUGAUACAAAGAUCGUGUACCAUGUAUGCAACAUCGAUGCGCAGGCUAAUUUUGUGAUACGAUGCUCAGAUACUGAUAUAGCAGCCAUAAUACUGGGAAAUAUACAUCAUUUGAAAAAUGGUGAUUCCCACAUUUGGAUUUUAACCAGCACUGGUAACAAGCAGAGGUAUGUUGAUUUGAAUACUAUCUGCGAACAAUUCGGACCGUCGCCGUCGUUUUGUCGAAGUUUACCAGCAUUCCAUGCUAAUAGAGGAUGUGAUUUUAAUCCAGCAUUUUUCAAAAAAGGCAAACAAAUGCCGUACAUUAUUUUAAAGAAAAAUUAA